AUGGCUUGCGCACGUGCUAUUCAUACUCCUCUUGCUCAAAAGCAUGAGCUCCAUGAACCGCAAGGGUCUGCUAUCGAUCCUUCUGAUUUUAGAAGCAUAGUGGGUGCCUUGCAGUACUUAACUCUCACGCGCCCUGACAUAUCCCAUGCCGUUAAUCUCUUAUGUCAAUUUAUGCAACAUCCAGUUGCCAACCAUUGGGCCGGUGUUAAGCGAGUGCUUCGAUAUUUGGCGGGCUCCACACAGCUUGGGCUUCGUAUGACUGCACGCUCUUCUCUUAAUAUUGUGGGCUUCUCAGACGCAGACUGGGGUGGUUGUCCCCUCACUAGAAGAUCGACAACAGGAUUGUGUGUAUUUCUUGGCUCGAAUUGUGUUUCUUGGGCUUCAAAGAAACAAACGACUGUGGCUCGAUCAAGCGCGGAAGCUGAGUACAGGGCUUUAGCAUCCUUGGCUGCGGAAAUCACAUGGCUUACUUAUAUUCUCCAAGACAUCGGCAUCUCACUACCUAGUCCUCCUCUUCUUUACUCAGAUAAUAUUUCAGCUCUUCACCUCACUAAGAACCCAGUUCUCCAUGCUCGUACGAAACAUGUCGAGCUGACUACCACUUUGUGA